CUCCUGCUGUGAUGACCCGAGGCAGCGAGUCCCGGGCUGGAAUGCUCCUGAAUCUCCUAGCGUACUCAGGAGACUCACGACCAGGCCCACAGGCUUCAUGGCCGCGCAGCUGGUGUCCCGGAUGCUGCGGCGGGUACUGAAGUCCAGUGUCCGGGGCUGCAGCUCAGGGGCUCCGGUGACGCAGCCCGGCCCCGGGGAGCCUUCCCAGUCUGCCUCGGAGGAGCUGUCCAGGCGGAGGCAGUUCCUCAGGGAGUUUGCGGCCCCCUUCUCUGCCUUCCUCACUGACGGCUUUGGCCGCCAUCACAGCUACCUGCGGAUCUCCCUCACUGAGAAGUGCAACCUCAGAUGUCAGUACUGCAUGCCUGCGGAGGGUGUCCCACUGACCCCCAAGGCUGACUUGCUGACCACAGCGGAGAUCCUGACACUUGCACGGCUCUUCGUGAAAGAAGGCAUCGACAAGAUCCGGCUUACGGGCGGAGAGCCGCUCAUCCGGCCGGACGUGGUGGACAUCGUGGCUCAGCUCCAUCAGCUGGAGGGGCUGAGGACCAUCGGUGUCACCACCAACGGCAUCAACCUAGCCCGGCUACUGCCUCAGCUUCAGAAAGCUGGCCUGAGUGCCAUCAACAUCAGCCUGGACACACUGGUGCCAGCCAAGUUUGAGUUCAUCGUCCGCAGGAAAGGUUUCCACAAGGUCAUGGAGGGUAUCCACAAGGCCAUCGAGCUGGGCUACAGCCCUGUGAAGGUGAACUGUGUAGUGAUGCGAGGCCUGAACGAAGACGAGCUCCUGGACUUUGUGGCCUUGACCGAGGGCCUCCCCCUGGAUGUGCGCUUCAUAGAGUACAUGCCCUUUGAUGGCAACAGGUGGAACUUCAAGAAGAUGGUCAGCUACAAAGAGAUGCUGGACACCCUCCGGCAGCAGUGGCCAGAGCUGGAGAAGCUGCCUGAGGAGGAAUCCAGCACAGCCAAGGCCUUUAAAAUUCCUGGCUUCCGAGGUCAGGUGAGUUUCAUCACAUCCAUGUCUGAGCAUUUCUGUGGCACAUGUAACCGGCUGCGAAUCACAGCUGAUGGGAACCUCAAGGUCUGCCUCUUUGGGAACUCAGAGGUAUCCCUACGGGAUCACCUGCGGGCUGGGGCCUCCGAGGAGGAGCUGCUGAGAAUCAUUGGGGCCGCCGUGGGCAGGAAGAAGCGGCAGCACGCAGGCAUGUUCAACAUCUCCCAGAUGAAGAACCGGCCCAUGAUCCUCAUCGGAUUAUUUCUGAUGCUCCAAGAUUCCCCACCAGCCCUUCCAAAUACUUCCUCUUGGGACCCACUCAGCAUUCAGGGUCUGAGACACAGACCGAGUGUCUCCAACCAGGUGUCAACUUUGUGGAAACGAUGCCCAGUCCCCCAGACCCCUUCCCUCGCCCAAUGGCAGCUGGGGUCUGGCUCCCCUCAGAGACACUACAGUUCCCACCCAGACUCAGACACUAACCCGAAGUGCCUUAGCCCCUUGUCCCAGGCUUCUGCCAGCCACUCAGGAACCCUGUCAACCUCAGACCAACUGACCCAUGUGGACACAGAAGGACGAGCAACUAUGGUAGAUGUGGGUAGUAAGCCAGACACGGAGCGGGUGGCCGUGGCCUCUGCCAUGGUCCUCCUGGGGCCUGUGGCCUUUAAACUCGUCCAAGAGAACCAGCUAAAGAAGGGAGAUGCCCUGGUGGUGGCCCAGCUGGCUGGAAUCCAGGCAGCCAAGCUGACCAGUCAGCUGAUUCCUCUGUGCCACCACGUGGCCCUGAGCCAUGUCCAGGUGCGGCUAGAGCUGGACAGCACACGCCAUGCUGUGGCGAUCCAGACGUCUUGCCAGGCCCAGGGCCCCACUGGGGUGGAGAUGGAGGCCCUGACCUCAGCUGCUGUGGCCGCCCUCACCCUGUAUGACAUGUGCAAGGCUGUCAGCAGGGACAUCGUAUUGGGGGAGAUCAAGCUCAUUAGCAAGACUGGGGGUCAGCGGGGGGACUACCAUCGGACUUAGAGCUCCUGCCCCCUCUCACCCAUGGCCCAGAUGUGUCAAGAGAUGGGAUGCAAUUUGGGUGGAGGGAAAGAUAUCAAGUUCCUUGAACUCCAUCACUGUUCGCCUUUACCAGUAGGAACCCCAGGUCAGCCCACUCCCUUACUGCUAGAGAACCUAGGUGACCUGAUUCUUCCUUUAUUCAGAGAGGAAACCAGCAGACCCUUCAGCCUUUCUGGUCAUGGGAGGGGCCACAAUGAACAAUGCCAGACAACAGAAAAAUCAGUUGCAUUAUCUGUGAACUAUUUCAGAAAACCAGUUUCAGAGAGUUGCACCCAUAACUUCCACUACUCAUUUUGGGUUUUCUCUUCUGCUGCUUCUCUCGGGAGAGGAUAAGGGCUCACAAAGCAGAGGAACCCACUUUGAAGGGGAAAAGCACAGCUUGCAUUAAGAGUGUAUGACUAUUCUUCGGCAGCUUUGCCUGCCAAGUCCGUGGAGCCCCCUUGCCCCUCUGCCCUCCGUCCUCAGAGGGUCUGGUUCCCUUCAAACUUGUAGGCUUUGGGUUUAACAACUGCAUGUCCUGGCACUCCAUCGCCUCCACCCCCUCCUCUAAUAGGAGACACACGUGGGCUGCAGCCCUGAGGUCGUCUGACCAGCCGCUCAUGCCACACAUGGCCCAGUGCACUGCUGUUCCACCAACUACCCACCCCUUUACUCCGGAAUGUAUCAGGGAAAGAAGAGUUGAAGAUUGACUUCACUCAUACAGCGCACAAAAUAAAGCCUCAAUGCCAACUUUGGAGA